GUUUGGUGCAAGCCACAACAUCCCCCAGACAGCUAACAACUGACUCCACGUCCACGGCAGCAACUGUCCUUUACAGUUCCCCGUGGCGCAAAUAUUUAAGUCGCAAUAUUUUGCUAAUAUAGAAACGUUAUUUAAUGUAUCUGGCUCGAAGAAACUCACGCUAAAUUGCUGUUUUUCUGUCAUUUACGCAGAGAUAUUAAUGAUGAGGCGAGACCGCGACAGGGACCGCGACGAGCGGUCGAAGGACAGGGACAGAGACCGGGAUGCCAAGCUCUCUGGCAUGGCCCUGAACCCGGCUGUUGGCAGCGCAGGCCUCUCCCACAAGCAGACGGCCAUGCAGCAGCAGAUCAACCCGUUCACCAACCUGCCCCACACGCCGCGUUACUACGAGAUCCUGAAGAAGAGGCUGCAGCUGCCAGUGUGGGAGUACAAGGAGCGCUUCAACGACAUCCUGGGACGCCACCAGAGUUUCGUGCUCGUCGGAGAGACGGGCUCCGGCAAGACCACGCAGAUCCCCCAGUGGUGUGUGGACAUGGUUAAGGGGUUGGGCGGACCUAAGAAGGCAGUGGCCUGUACCCAGCCCAGGAGGGUGGCAGCCAUGAGCGUGGCCCAGAGGGUGGCCGACGAGAUGGACGUCAUGCUGGGUCAGGAGGUCGGUUACUCCAUUCGAUUCGAGGACUGCAGCUCGGCCAAGACCUUCCUCAAGUACAUGACAGACGGUAUGUUGCUGCGGGAGGCCAUGAACGACCCUCUGCUGGAGCGCUACGGCGUCGUCAUCCUGGACGAGGCCCACGAGAGAACGCUUGCCACAGACAUCCUCAUGGGCGUCCUCAAAGAGGUGGUCCGACAGAGGUCAGACCUCAAGGUCAUCGUCAUGAGCGCCACGCUGGAUGCCGGCAAGUUCCAGGUGUACUUUGACAGCUGUCCGCUGCUAACCAUCCCGGGACGCACGCACCCGGUAGAGAUCUUCUACACGCCGGAACCUGAGAGGGACUACCUGGAGGCAGCCAUCCGCACUGUUAUCCAGAUCCACAUGUGUGAAGAGGAGGAGGGCGACUGUCUGCUCUUCCUCACUGGACAAGAGGAAAUCGACGAGGCCUGCAAGCGCAUCAAGAGGGACAUCGACGACCUGGGACACGACGCGGGUGACAUCAAAAUCAUCCCGUUGUACUCGACGCUGCCGCCCCAGCAGCAGCAAAGGAUCUUUGAGCCGCCACCACCCCGCAAGCCCAACGGAGCCAUCGGGAGGAAGGUCGUGGUUUCGACAAACAUCGCUGAGACAUCCCUGACCAUUGACGGUGUGGUGUUUGUAAUUGAUCCCGGAUUUGCCAAGCAAAAGGUGUAUAACCCUCGUAUCAGAGUGGAGUCCCUCCUGGUGACAGCCAUCAGCAAAGCCUCGGCCCAGCAGAGGGCGGGGCGCGCCGGGAGGACACGCCCAGGGAAGUGCUUCCGCCUCUACACAGAGAAGGCCUACAAGACCGAGAUGCAGGACAACACAUAUCCAGAGAUUUUGAGGUCCAACCUGGGUUCGGUCGUGCUGCAGCUCAAGAAGCUAGGUAUCGACGACUUGGUCCAUUUCGACUUCAUGGACCCACCAGCACCGGAAACCCUGAUGCGGGCCUUGGAGCUGCUCAACUACGUGGCGGCGCUCAACGAUGACGGAGACUUGACGGAGCUAGGCUCCAUGAUGGCCGAGUUCCCCCUAGACCCGCAGCUAGCCAAGAUGGUGAUUGCCUCCUGCGAGUUCAACUGCUCCAAUGAGAUCCUGUCCAUCACAGCCAUGCUGUCAGUCCCACAGUGCUUCGUACGACCCACGGAGGCUAGGAAGGCGGCCGACGAGUCCAAGAUGCGUUUCGCCCACAUUGACGGAGACCACCUGACCCUCCUCAAUGUCUACCACGCCUUCAAACAGAACCAUGAGUCGACACAGUGGUGCUACGACAACUUUGUGAACUACAGGUCGCUGAUGUCGGCCGACAACGUGCGCCAGCAGCUGUCCCGGAUCAUGGACCGCUUCAGCCUGCCCCGCCGCAGCACAGAGUUCACCAGCAGAGACUACUACAUCAACAUUCGCAGAGCGCUGGUCACAGGAUUCUUCAUGCAGGUAGCCCAUUUGGAGCGUACAGGCCACUACCUGACUGUGAAGGACAACCAGGUGGUCCAGCUGCACCCCUCCACUGUGCUGGACCACAAGCCGGAGUGGGUGAUGUACAAUGAGUUUGUGCUGACCACCAAAAACUACAUCCGCACCUGCACUGACAUCAAACCAGAGUGGCUGGUGAAAAUCGCCCCGCAGUACUAUGAGAUGGGAAACUUCCCCAACUGUGAAGCCAAGAGACAGUUGGAGCGCAUCGUAGCUAAACUCUCAACCAAGGAAUACUCUCAGUACUAACACAAGUGUGUAUGAGAACAAUACCAGCACGAAGGGCAUCUGAACUCUUUAUCUGAGCACUCUUCAUUUUCUUCAAAAGCCUUUUCUUCUCAUUGGUUCAUAAUGUAUUCUUUUCAUACUUUUUGUUUGGGUCUUCCUUAUUUUGACCACCUGUAGUCAUUUGUGAUUAACAGGUGGUUGGCACUGCGGCCGAUCCGGGUAGGAGUUAGCGGUCAACACAGUUACUACCAUUGACCAUGGUAAAGCAUGACCAUUUAUGUAGAUGUUGACAUUCCUUUUUAGAAAGUGUGAACUCUUACUGAAAUGUACUUAGGUAGAGACAUUCCAUGCUAAUUCAUUGAACCAACUUUGACUUCAAUUUAAGGAAAAAUACCAGCGUGGACGGUUUAGCACCCACCGUCUUGCUUGUAUAGCUACCAGACUUUGGUGUUAUGUUAGGGGGAGGGGCUCAAUAGGUUGAAAUGUUAAAAACGUGAUUGUCUUGUGUUUUAUAUAUUGAUUUUGAGGUUGGAAUAAUACUGUGAAAAUGAUAAUGCCCUUUUAGUGUAAGAGCUGUUUGAAAAGAGCCUGACAUUUCAGUCUGUUUUGAUUGGAUGGACAUUUGUAAAUUAGUUGAUAGACCAAUAAGAAAGAGUUCCAAACCUCUGCCAAUAACAGCUAGUUUUCCGUUUUCCCCUCGCCACUCAGACCACUUCCAGACAGUCCAAGCUAAGUUCUUGCUUGAGAAAUUGCUUUCUUUUUGACCAUUUUAAUUGAAAACUAUCACAGUAAGGUACUUAUUUAACAAGAAAGGUUUGAUAUUGAUAUACAAACAGACGCAUAGGGCCUUUAAUGUAUGUUAAUGGACACAAGGGAGAUGUGCAGACUGGGAAAUCACCUGGUCAUCCACUUUAAAUAACAUGAAUAAACUGUAAUAAUUUGUAA